AUGAAGAUAGAAGAAAGAGAACACGAACCUGAAAUUAAUGAAGAUGAUCCAGAAGAGAUAACUGAAGCUAAUCCCGAAGCAACAGAUGACACUAAUACUUUUUUAGAAGACGAUUUCGGCGGGUUCGGCGAAGCUACAGCAAAUCCAAGUGUUGAAUUCAACGCGAGCUUCGGUGAACAUGCAAACGCAAAUCAACCACAAGAAGAUGGUGACGACGAUGAUUUUGGGGAUUUCGGAGAGACAAACGAAGCAGGAGAUGAUGAUUUCGGCGACUUCGGAGGCGAUGAUGACUUUGGAGACUUUUCGCAAACGGUUGCGCCGCCGCCGCAAGUGCCAGAAGUAGUGAAUGAUUUGGAGCCUGUAUCUCUUGGACCAGUAUGGGAGGAACUAAAAGCUGCAACGUCGUAUGAGCAAGAAGAGCCAGAAAAGACUCAAUACGCCUGGGAAGAGAGACAGGAGUCAAUAGACAAGCUAAACGAUUUUCUCAACGCUAGUGCGCUAGAUCUCACCUGGAACUCCUCCGCCACGAAAAAGAUGUUCGAGUACAUAAUGCCAAAAUUUCUUCAACUAACCCGAGAUGUGGAGAAGGAGAGAGAGGCCGAGCUAGAAAAGAUCAGAAAAGAUAAGGAAGAACAGUCUGCUACGAAAAACGCCAUGAGUAACGGAGCAAAGGAGAUGUCAAAAAGUCUAUUCAAUAAUUUUAUCGUUUGA